UGUAAAACUUCACCUGCAUGUUCAUUAUCAGGUAUUUAUCUUUGAGUCAAAUUGGUUGAAGUUUUAGAUAAAUAAACCCUGGAUCGAUUUUAGGUCAGUAAAUCAAAUAAUUCAAAAUGAAUCAAGAUCAACUAUGAAUCAAAGUGUUGCAAUGAAUCCUUAGUAAACACACUGAAUCUUUUUUUUAACAUUAUGAUUAAAUAAAAGAUUUUAUUGGUAAUAACAUUGAUAGUGGAUGAUCAUCAAAAUAAAUUGUCUUGGUCUAAUUCUAAACACUUUAUAACAGAUGGAAAUAUAAUAAAUAAAUAUUAUAACACAAAUUUGUAAUAUGAAUAAAAAAAAUCAUAAAUAAAUAAAAAAAGAAAAAAGAAAUGAAAAACUUUUUUCCCCUAAAACUGUGAGGGUUGUUUACUGCAGUUCUGUUUUUGCUGCUGCGCCUCUCCUGGCACAGUUACGGUAACUCUCUCCCAAUCCCGCAGCUCUCCUCCCGCUGCUCCUGCUGCUCUCCUCCUCCUCCUCCUCCUCCUCCUCUUGUUGUCUGAACUUCAGUGACGCGGUGCCGCUGGAUUUCUUUCUUAUUCAUUCACGCUCUGCGUCUUUUUCCUCGUUUUUGACUUUUUUUUUUAGAGAAAAGAUUUUCAUCAGCAUUCUGCCGCGUUUUCCUCCCUCUGCUUCCCGGGAUGUGUUAUUAUUAGUCUGUUAUCGUCACAUCAUCAGUCGGCGUUAAGACCUUAAGGCUUUCAGGUUAAGAUUCUUAGAAAUAAAGAGGCUUACAUCAUCGGGACUCAGUGCGCUUUGCGCGCAUGUUUUCAUUCGCUGUAGUUUAACAGGCCUCCAGUUUUUCCUCGAUUCUGCUUUAGGAAGAUCAUUCCCGCCCGUGUUCAUGCCAGAUCUGCAGCGCUUCAGUUUUAAAUACCAUAGCAUGAAUCCUUUGUUGGGGGGCAACAUUCAUCUCCAACAGCACCAGCAGAGCCCGGCGCCCGGACACCCGGAUUCCCCCUCAGGCCUCCUUCCCGACGUGGUUCUGGGAGGACCGGACCCGGCGUCCCUGCUGCUCGGUGAGCACUCCGGUUCGGGGCCUGAUCAGCUGGGGCCCGACUUCACCGUCCCCUCCCAGACGCUAGCCUUCCUCCACCACAGCAGCACCUACCAGCACCGCGCAGUGCCGCACCCCCCCGCAGCCAUGGCCCUCAGAAACGACCUGGGCUCCAACAUCAGCGUCCUCAAAACCCUCAACCUGAGGUUCAGGUGCUUUUUGGCCAAGGUGCACGAGCUGGAGCGCAGAAACAAGAUUCUGGAGAAGCAGCUGCAGCAGGCUCUGGAUGCCAACAAGGGCUGUCAGGGAGGAUGCUGCGAGGGCAAGGCGCACACCCAGGAGGCUGCUGUGCAGACUGGAUUUGUGGGGACCAUCCCUCUCAGGCCCGGAUCCCUGCCUUUCCACAACACCAACAACUCAGCUCGGAGGCCAACGACACUGUUCACUCCUCCACCUACCACCACCCUUCCACCAGCAGGCACAGAGGGUUUGACUAAUCCAGUCAUCACCAUCAGCCAGUCCUCUCCUUGUGUGGACUCUCCAGGAUCUGGACCCAAUAAAACAGCUCAAAGCUGCAGCACCGGCACCAACCCUCCUCCACGGUUCCUUCCAGGGACCAUAUGGUCCUACAACCACAGCCGAAAGUCAGGCUCCGGCUCAGAGCGCCUGACCAGCCCGGGGGUGUCCUGGGUGCACCCAGAUGGAGUAGGAGUCCAGAUUGACACCAUCACCCCUGAGAUCAGAGCCCUGUACAACGUCCUGGCGAAAGUGAAGCGGGAACGGGAUGAGUAUAAACGCAGGUGGGAGGAAGAAUACACGAUGAGGAUGGAUCUCCAGCAGAAGAUUGCAGACCUUGAAGAAGACCUGCAGGAGAGUGAAGGCUGUCAGGACGAGCUGGCUCACAGAGUGCAGCAGCUGAAGACUGAGCUGGUUCUGUUCAAAGGCCUCAUGAGCAAUAAUUUGUCGGAUUUGGACAGUAAGAUCCAGGAGAAAGCCAUGAAAGUAGACAUGGACAUCUGCCGCAGGAUCGACAUCACGGCCCGCCUGUGUGAUGUAGCCCAGCAGAGGAACUGUGAAGACGUCAUCCAGAUGUACCAGGUUCCUGAGCUGAAGGUUCCCAACCCCCAGUCGGCUCUGAACUGCCGGCGCAAGCAGACCCCGCUGUCUUUCAACGGGAGCGAGUGUGACGAACCCGUCAGCACCUCUGAGAGCGAUGGAGGCGGGGUUAGAGAAGAGGAGCACUAUGGGUCGUCAGCCAAUCAGAUCAAUGAGGAGAUGCAGAGGAUGCUGAACCAGCUGCGGGAAUGCGAGUUUGAGGACGACUGCGACAGUCUGGCUUGGGAGGAGACUGAAGAGACACUGCUUCUGUGGGAGGACUUCCCAGGAUGCACUCUGCCUCCUGACCCCACCCAUCCGCCAGGAGAGGAGGACUGUCUGGAAAAAGUGAUUAAUGAUACAGAGUGCCUGUUCAAAUCCAGGGAGAAGGAAUAUCAAGAGACCAUCGACCAAAUUGAGCUGGAGCUGGCCACGGCCAAGAGUGACAUGAAUCGUCAUCUGCACGAGUACAUGGAGAUGUGCUCCAUGAAGAGAGGUCUGGACGUUCAGAUGGAGACCUGCAGGAGGCUCAUCACACAGAGUGGAGACAGUCCUGCAGCGCCCGCUUCAGCAGAAGAGAAUGACCAGAGAGGAAGCGACAAGUCUUCGUCUCCUCCUCCUCCUAAUGCUUUCUCAACUUCUGGGACUUCUUGACGUCUUCUCACUCAUACAGAAGCUGCGAUCCCUCUAUGACUCUCUGCUGCACCGAUUUACAGUACCACGCCAGUGCAACACAACCAGAGCAAGCACCAUGUUUACAUCAGAACUUCUCCUCUUUCCGAACCAAACACUCGAAUCUCCAAACUAAGAAAUCCCAAAGUCAAUGAAGUGAUAGCACCAAUAUAACUGGUAACUGGUAGGUUUUCUAAUAAUCCAAAAUUUCAGUAAAAAUAAUAUAUCUCAAUGUAAUUUAAAAUCUGCAAGACGGUCUCUUUUCUACCUGUAAGCAAACAAGCAGGUGUCAGAAAAGUGUUAGAAUACUGCAGUACCUAAAGUAUUCUCUGGUGACUGGUUAGUUUGGACUUCAACCUGUAAAUAACGACCACAUGUAAAGUCCAUGAGAGACAGCACCUUAAUGCCUUACAACUCACCCUUUACCAGUUUACUUUAACCCAUCUGAGUAAAGCAUAUCACCACUAUGAAGUAGAUGAGAACUUGUGUGCUUUCUUGACCAAUCGUAAAAAAAUAGGAUUUGUGUUAAUAAAGAUCAGCAUAUAAGACGUUCACCUCACGUUUGCUCCUGAAAGCGUAUUUGUCAAGGUAAUACUAAAAGCUGGAAGUAACCGUUUGUCCCUUUUUCCCCAUUUCUACACUCACAUUUAUGAAUACAUAUUGAAUUCUAGCUUUAAAAGAGAGGUUGCACGAUUUCCCCGACUUUCAGGUGCGAAGUCAAACUGUCAAAUCACAUUUAUUUAAAGUUCCAGAGACAUCAUUAACGUGAGGGAUAAUGCCCAACGAAGUGUGAAUUAUCAGAAACUAGAACCGCUUUAAUUUCUGAUAAUGCACACUUCAUCAGGCAUUAUCAUACUUAUACCAUGGUCACUUCAAAAGGAAUAAGUAUUAAAUCAAUAUUUAGUGCUUUAUUAUUGUUAUUUCUUCAGUUUUUAUCACUUUUUCACAGAAAGUGGAAUAUUUUGCUACGUGAUGGGAAUUGUUGUCACGGCAACAUGACAACAUGCCACUGAGUCUGACCAACCUCAAUUGCAGCGGUAAAGGAUCGUCACACAAGGUUAAAUAAAGGAUCUAUUUGGAGAGAAAGUUCAAAUUCUUACCACUUGACUUAGUCCAGAUGAUGAUGGAAAAGUUUGUUUUAAAGAAGCCUGCGCAGCGAUAUAAAACAUUUGGUCUAUGUCACCGGAACUUCUUUUUUAGGUGUGCAUCAUCACGUUUUAAUCCACACCCAGGAGCCAAUCAGAAUCAAGUAUUCACCCGGACCAUGGUAUAAAUCCAGUUAACUACAUGCAUUAAAAUAAUAGUUAUGGGCCCCAAAUAAACCCAUAAGCAGCUUCCCAUUAAAAAAAAAGUCUAUAAGGAAAAAUGAAGCAAAAGUUUGUUUGAAGUAGAUUUUUCCAGUGUUGAAAGGAUAUAUAGUACAAAUAGCUGCUUCCAUCAUAAACAUCACUGAAAGACAAUGUAGAAGCAAAAUAGAAGUAAAAAAAAAGUGCAGAUAUCUCAAAAAAUAUAUAAUUAUCAGGUAUGAACAUUUACAACACAACAAAACCUCAAGGUUGUGUUUCAGUCGCUUCAAGACGAGUGGGUGAAGAGUGCUGAACAUUUGAGUCAUCUCGCCUAUGUCUGGUGCAGCGAUAUUACCCUCUGCUCCACCUAAUGUCACCUAUAGCUCAUGUUUUCAACACAGAGAACACAGACUGCAUGGCAAAGUUCACAGAUGUCAAAGACACAUCUGCACGAGCGGAUCUAUGGGAGACUCAUAAAAUAUCGUAAGCUAGCCAUCGAGUGCCAAAAUAAAACCGUCAGGGUUGUGACUCAGUAGGAAAUAAAUCAUUCAUAGUAGAAAUAAGACAUAUUAUCGGUGUGGAUGCUGCUUCACUGAGGUGCUUUGAUGUAAAUAGCUGUUUUUGAGCCUUUGCUUAUAGAAAAGAAACAAAACUGUAAAAAGCAUUUGUAAAUAUCCACAAAAUGUUGAGACUGUGGAAAUGACACCCUGUAUUUCCUGUUGGUGAACACAUAAGACAUUCUUCAUUUUUAGUUUUAGAUUUUAUGGUUGUUGUUUUUUUGAGCCACAGCUUCAAAAGCUGCUGGUUCUCGUCACUGAAGGGGAACUGUCAUUGCUCCGCUAGCGAAAUACUGAGCACAAACGUGUUCCAGGCUUCUUCUUCUUCACUCUCACCUCAGUGCUUUGUUUCAGUCACAAGUACAGGAGGACAUGUUUCCUCUCAUGCAUGCGAGGGUGUUGGAGUCAGCUGAUCUGAGGAUUUCUUCCUGUGUUUGAAUACAGUAGAACGAGUUCAGAGCUGUUGUGGGAGACAGAAAACACAUUUUCCUUUCCUGCACCGAGCGAGUCAUUAUGUAUGCAUGUGCCGGCGAGUCUGCCCGUGAGAGUCUCCAGUGAGUGUUUUUAAAAAAGACUUUUACCGGAACGUGUGUACAACAAUGAGAAACAUGAAUCAGAACAAUUGGACCGUCUUUUCUUCCUUUUCCAGAUGACGUGUUAGACUGAGCUGUCUCUGAUUUCUGAUUGACCUUUAAAAUGAUAAAGAAAGCCAGAUUAGGCCCUUUUUUCCCCACUUUCUGUGCAUCGUUACAGGGUAAAGUCGAUUUUUAAAAAACAUCUCAACCUAGCAGUGAAACGCUUCUGCUUUACCAAGACGACUACAACGGCUUUGAAAUGGAAAUAUAGCUUCAAUGUGUUUAAAAGCAGCACAAGGUGAUUGUCCAAAGCCAAGCAGCUGAAAAACAAAAAAAAACCUGACACACGGUAAUGUGAUUACUCUGUUACCUCAAAACCAUUCAAAACACCUUCUGUCAUGUAACAGCAGAGUAUUAGGAUCUCCAAAGUGUGUGACUUUGCGUUACAACAGUAGUUUUUGCUUGAAGGCUUCAUUGCAGAGCUGCAGAAUGUAACCUAUAAAGAGAGUCUGAUAAAAUAAAUGAUGCAACUGUGCAAAAAC